AUAAAAAAGAUAAACUAAAAAUUAAUAUUUAUUUAAUUUUUUUUUUUUAAGCUGUAUUCAUUUAAUGAAUUUAUUUGUUAAUUUAGUGAGUUCUGUUAAAAAUUGUAUUGUAUUAAAUGUUUAAUUAGUUCUCUGUAUAAUUUCGAAUUUAAUAUUUAUAUUAAUACAUAUUUAAUAAUAAAAUGGGUUUAAUGACAGUAUUAAAGAAAAUGAAACAAAAAGAGAAAGAGAUGAGAAUUUUAAUACUAGGUCUAGAUAAUGCUGGAAAGACAACCAUUUUGAAAAAAUACAAUGGAGAACCAACAAAUACAAUUGAACCAACAUUAGGAUUUAAUAUUAAAACAUUGGAUCAUAAAAACUAUAAAUUAAAUGUAUGGGAUGUUGGUGGGCAAAAGUCAUUAAGAUCAUAUUGGCGAAAUUAUUUUGAAAGUACAGACGGUCUGAUAUGGGUAGUUGAUAGUGCAGAUAAAAGAAGAUUAAAUGACUGUACUUCAGAGCUACAUAGUUUAAUUGAAGAAGAAAGGUUGGCUGGAGCAACUUUACUUAUUUUUGCUAAUAAACAAGAUUUACAAGGAGCAUUAUCUGCUGAAGAAAUAAAAGAAAUUCUUCAACUUGAACGUAUAAAAAGUCAUCAUUGGAAAAUUAUUCAUUGUAGUGCAUAUACAGGUGAAAAUUUAUUAGAAGGCAUUAAUUGGAUGGUUAAUGAUAUUUCUGCUAGAAUUUUUACUCUUGAUUAAAAAUAAACUUUAGUAUUUUAUCUGUAAACUAUUAUUUUAGUAAAAUUUUACCAUUUAAUCACUUCUUAUGAUUUAUCAUAUAUAAUUCUCUUUUAUAUAACAAUAAUAUGAAUGAUAAUUAAAAGGAAACAACAUUUAACCAUUCCAAUAAAAAUCUAUAUUAACGUUUAGUUGUACUUGAAAAUAAUUAAUAUAGAUAGUUUUUAAGUUUUGUUUUUUAUUUGUAAAAAUAAAUAUAUAUUAAUCUUACAAUAAAAAUUUUUAUUUAUAA